AAGAAUUCUGACACCGAGCUACCUUCCUCCAAUAAUUACUGGUGGUUAUUAUUAUUCAUCGUCUUUUUGGAACUCUCACAAUGAAGCUUGCCCCCUUAAUUAUUGAUCCGCAUCUGACACGUCCUGACACCCUCGUCCUGAAAACCCUAUUGGCAGACAUAGAUCACGGCAACGUGCAGCUGCAAGCCAAGUUAUCAGACAGGGAAAUAUCACAUCCUGAAAAGCAUGGAACCAUCGCACAAAGCAAUGGCAAUGGCACGCUCUCCAAAUCCACCUCCAAUGGUGAUCAGGCGACGAUUGACGCUCUGGAAGCGUGGAACAAUCCCGAGCACAAAAGUUUCGAGCCUUCAGUAUUCGCCACUUGGGACCUCCCAGACGUGAAGGUUCCGGCAACUUUGGAUCGCAUCGUGCUGCAGCCAUACAUCAAGUGGGCUCGUACUAUCGUUCGAAAAGAGACCGAUGUUCUGAUGUUGACGCAGCUAAUCCUAUACUUUACGACAUCUGUUCCGAGCGCGCUCUAUCUGUAUUACCAUUUUUCCUAUUUACACGCUUUCUUCCACAUUCUGAUGCAACUAUGGUAUACCGGAACGUAUACACUCAUGAUGCAUCAACACAUCCAUAUGGGCGGAAUUCUGGCCAAAAAAUAUGCAUGGAUCGAUGCAUGCUUCCCCUACAUUACCGACCCUCUGAUGGGCCACACCUGGAACUCGUACUUUUUUCAUCACGUCAAGCAUCACCAUAUCGAAAGCAACGGGCCGGACGAUCUCUCCUCGACACUUUUAUACCAGCGCGAUGAAAUCUCCAGCUUUCUCCACUACGUCGGCCGCUUCUUCUUCUUUGUGUGGCUGGAUCUUCCUCUUUAUUUUCUGCGGAAGAACAAGCCGGUGGCCGCGCUGAAGACUGCGGCCUCGGAGCUAGGAACAUACGCGGCGAUCUGCUUGUUGGCCAUCUAUGGCAAUUCGCAGGCAACGGUCUUUGUUUACGUGUUACCCCUCCUGACGCUUAGGCUGGGACUGAUGGUUGGAAAUUGGGGUCAACACGCGUUUGUAGACGAGGUUGACCCCGACUCGGAUUUUCGAUCGAGCAUCACGCUGAUCGAUGUUUCAAGUAACCGCUACUGUUACAACGAUGGAUACCAUACAUCCCACCAUCUGAACCCCCGAAGACACUGGCGAGAACACCCAGUCGCCUUUAUCAAACAGAAAGAUCGAUAUGCGCAGGAAGACGCGCUGGUCUUCCGCAAUAUCGACUACAUUAUGAUCACCAUCAAACUCCUGCAGAAAGACUACAUGUACCUUGCCGAACGCAUGGUUCCGCUCGGCCACCAAAUGGACAUGACGGUGGAACAGCGAGCCACGCUGCUUAAAACAAAGGCGAGACGCUUCACCCGAGCGGAGAUAGAGCAGAAGUUCCCCAAGAAACAAAACCUUUAACGGCCAUAAUGCUUCCAAAAAUGGCGCUAACAGUUGGAGGUUCCGGUCUGAAGGUUGAAAACUGAUAGUUAGGAGUCCAAAAUCGGAUUCGUGCAAGGUCUCAGCACAGCGGCAGUUAGUUUUUGAGGAACCGCUGGUAACGAAACACGGCGUUUCGACUAAGCGGAAACCUCCUGAAAACGGCGUCAAAAACUGCCAUUUUUGGAGGCAGUUUCAGUAGCAUACAUAAUUCUCAAUCUCAAUAGAUAGAAAGUCAGGGGACGGGGAUCCCUGGCUCGCUCAUAUUCAUCGGAAUAGAAGUCUUAGAUCACGAGGAGCG